GGGGUGCGGAGGAGAGGGCAGGGGAGGGGUGGAGGAGAGUGGAGAUUGUUGGGGAGGACACGAGAACGAUGACGUGGAGGUGAGGGGAGUGCGGAUUGAGGAGGGGAGGGGGAUUCUGGAGGAUGGGGGCGGGAAUUUCAAUUGUUUCACCAAAUGCUUACCACCCUGUCCCUGCCCUCUCUCCACCCUCUCCCACCCUUUCCCUCCCUGCAUCCUCCGCUCCUCCCCAUCCCUCGCUCACCUGCAGUUGAACGUGAAGUCGUUUGCCAACAACAACCAGCUGGCCAUCAUGCCAGACGAGCGAGUGCAGGUGCUCGAGUGGAACCGCCGCUACCUCACAGUGCUCGCAGUGGCCAACAGACGCCUCUACCAGCUGCGCCUGCAGGUGCCCGAGAGGCUGUUGGAUUCUGAGAGGCCUGUGCUGCGGCAAGUCAUGGACUCGUUCCGCGUGUUCAGUGUUGCCGAUUAG